CGCGAGCGCCCGGAGAUGAGCAGCAGUGAUUCCUCCCUUAUGGCGGGGAUCAUUUACUACAGCCAGGAAAAGUACUUCCACCACGUGCAGCAGGCUGCGGCCAGGGGCCUGGAGAAAUUCAGCAAUGACCCUGUGCUGCAGUUCUUUAAAGCCUAUGGCGUCUUCAGGGAAGAGCACAUCCAGGACGCCAUCAGCAGUCUGGAGAGCAUUCGGAAUCACCCAGAUGUGUCCCUGUGCUCCAUCAUGGCCCUCAUUUAUGCUCACAAGUACUGUGAAACCAUCGACCUAGAGGCGGUUCAGGAGCUCGAGAGCAGCCUGAAGGAAAUCCGCAAGACGGCCAGCGGGACUGCCCUGUACUACGCUGGCCUCUUCCUCUGGCUCAUGGGCCGCCAUGACAGGGCCAAGGAGUACAUCGACCGCAUGCUGAAGCUCUCCAGUAGCUCCAGAGAGGGCUACGUGCUGAGAGGCUGGGUGGACCUCACCUCAGACAAGCCGCACACUGUGAAGAAAUCCAUCAAGUACCUGGAGCAAGGACUUCAGGACUCCAAAGAUGUGCUGGGGCUGAUGGGAAAGGCAACCUACUACAUGACACAGCAGAACUACUCGGGGGCCCUGGAGGUGGUGAACCAGAUCACGGUCCUCUCGGGGAGCUUCCUGCCCGCCUGGGUCCUGAAGAUGAAGCUGUUCUUGGCUCGGCAGGACUGGGAGCAGACGGUGGAAACAGGAUACAGAAUCCUAGAAAAAGAUGAAAGAAAUAUUGAUGCCUGCCAAAUUCUAGCCAUGAAUGAGCUUGCAAGAGAAGGAAACAUAACCACAGCUGCUGACCACGUUAAAAAUCUGAUUAAGGCGCUAGAGACAAGAGAACCCCAAAACCCGAACCUCCAUCUUAAAAAAAUUCUUGUGGUUAGCAGACUGUGUGGGAAGCACCAGGUGAUUGUCCGGCUGGUGUGCAACUUCAUCAAGCGCACCUUCAUGGCCACGCCCUCCUGCGCCCACGUGGCCGUGGAGCUGGGCUACCUCUUCAUCCUGCAGGACCAGGUGAAAGAGGCGUCUCUGUGGUACUCGGAGGCCAUGAAACUGGACGAGAACAGCGUGGCUGCCUUGACAGGGAUCAUCUGGUGCCAGAUCUUAGAGGGCCACCUGGAGGAGGCCGCACACCAGCUGGAAUUCCUGAAGGAGGUGCAGCAGUCCCUGGGGACGUCAGAGGUGCUGGUUUUCCUCCAAGCCCUGCUGGCCUCCAGGAAGCACAGCGGGGAGCAGGAGGUCACAGCGCUCCUGAGGGAGGCGGCGGAGCUGCACUUCUCCAGCAUGCAGGGCCUGCCCCUGGGCUCUGAGUACUUGGAAAAGCUGAACCCCCUCUUCCUGGUCUGCAUCGCCAAGGAGUACCUGCUCUUCUGCCCCAAGCAGCCCCGGUCGCCAGGCCAGAUCGUGUCUCCGCUUCUAAAACAAGUCGCCGCGAUCUUGAGUCCUGUCGUGAAAGCAGCGCCGGCUCUGAUCGACCCCCUGUAUGUGAUGGCUCAGGUCAAGUAUCUCUCAGGAGAAUUGGAGAACGCCCAGAGCACGCUGCAGCGCUGCCUGGAACUGGACCCCACCUCCGUGGAUGCCCACCUCCUCAUGUCCCAGGUCUACCUGGCUCAGGGCAACUUCGCCAUGUGCUCCCACUGCUUGGAGCUGGGCGUCAGCCACAACUUCCAGGUCCGGGACCACCCCCUGUACCACUUCAUCAAGGCCAGGGCCCUCAACAAGUCCGGGGACUACCCAGAGGCCAUAAAGACUCUGAAAAUGAUCGUGAAACUACCAACUGUGAAGACGGAAGAAGGCAAGAAGUCGCGCGGGCCCUGCGUGCCGCCCAGCGAGCGGGUGUCCAUCUUGCUGGAGCUGGCAGACGCCCUCCGGAUGAAUGGGGAGCUGCACGAGGCCACCAAGGUCAUGCAAGAUGCCAUCAACGAGUUCAGCGGCACGCCGGAGGAGAUCCGCAUCACCAUUGCCAACGUGGACUUGGCCUUGAGCAAGGGGAACGUGGACAUGGCGCUGAGCAUGCUGAGGAACAUCACGCCCAAGCAGCCCUGCUACACGGAAGCCAAGGAGAAGAUGGCCAACAUCUACCUGCAGACUCGCAAGGACGUCGGCCUCUACAUCGGAUGCUACCAGGAGCUCUGUGAACACCUGCCUGGCCCCCAAACCAGCCUGCUACUGGGCGAUGCUUUCAUGAACAUUCAGGAGCCCGAGAAGGCCCUGGAGGUCUAUGACGAGGCCUACAGAAAGAACCCCCAUGACGCCUCCCUAAUCAGCAGAAUCGGGCAAGCUUACGUGAAGACUCACCAGUACACCAAGGCCAUUAAUUAUUAUGAGGCUGCCCAGAAGAUUAGCGGGCAGGACUUUCUGUGCUGCGAUCUGGCCGAGCUGCUCCUGAAGUUGAAGAAGUUCAACAAAGCAGAAAAAGUUCUGAAGCAGGCCCUGGAACAUGACGUAGUCACAGACAUCCCAUCCAUGAUGAAUGAUGUCAAGUGCUUGCUCUUGCUGGCGAAGGUUUACAAGAGCCAAAAGGAAGAGGUGCUGGAAACCUUGAACAAGGCCCUGGACCUGCAGGUUCGGGUACUGAAGCGGGUUCCCCUGGAGCAGCCCGAGGUGAUGCCCUCGCAGAAGCAGCUGGCGGCCUCCAUCUGCGUCCAGUUCGGGGAGCACUACCUGGCGGAGAAGGAGUACACCAAGGCGGCACGGUCGUACAAGGACGCGCUGUCCCACGUGCCCACUGACAAUAAGGUGGUGCUGGAGCUGGCACGGAUCUCCCUGCUGCAGGGGCACCUGGACCUGUGCGAGCAGCACUGUGCCGUCCUCCUGGAGACCGAGAAGAACCAGGAGACCGCCUCCGUGAUGAUGGCCGACCUGAUGUUCAGAAAACAGAAAUACGAAGCUGCCAUCAAUCUGUACCACCAGGUGCUGGAGGGAGCGCCAGACAAUUUUCCUGUGCUGAAUAAACUGAUCGAUCUGCUCCGGAGAAGCGGCAAGCUGGAAGACGCCCCUGCCUUCUUUGAAUUGGCCAGAAAGAUGUCUAGCCGAGUGCUUCUGGAGCCAGGGUUCAACUACUGCACAGGCAUCUACCACUGGCAUAUAGGGCAGCCCAACGAAGCUCUGAAGUUCCUAAAUAAAGCUCGCAAGGACAGCACUUGGGGCCAGAGCGCCACCUACUACAUGGUGCAAAUCUGUCUGAAUCCAGACAACGAGAUAGUGGGAGGAGAGGCUUUCGACAACCCUGCGGCUGAGAGCAACUACCCCGGCAGGAAGGAGUCCGAGCAGCAGGGCGUGCGCACCGCCGAGAAGCUGCUGCGAGAGUUCUAUCCACACACCGCCUGGGGCCAGGUCCAGAUGCGGCUGCUGCAGGGCCUCUGCCUGCUGGCCACCAGGGAGAAGGCGAACAUGGAGACUGCGCUGGGCACCUUCAUCGAGAUGGCGCAGGCGGAGAAGGACAGUGUCUCCGCGCUGCUGGCCAUGGCGCAGGCCUACAUGCUGCUGAAGCAGGUCCCCAAGGCGCGCACGCAGCUGAAGCGCCUGGCCAAGGCUCCGUGGGCCCUGGCCGAAGCCGAGGACCUGGAGAAGAGUUGGCUCCUGCUGGCAGACAUCUACUGCCAGGGCGGCAAGUUCGACCUGGCCUCCGAGCUGCUGCGGCGCUGCGUGCAGUACAACAAGUCCUGCUGCAAGGCCUACGAGUACAUGGGCUUCAUCAUGGAGAAGGAGCAGUCCUACAAGGACGCGGCCACCAACUACGAGCUGGCCUGGAAGUACAGUCACUAUGCCAACCCCGCCAUCGGCUACAGGCUGGCGUUCAACUACUUGAAGGGCAAGAGGUUCCUGGAGGCCAUCGAAGUCUGCCACAAUGUCCUCAGGGAGCACCCCAACUACCCCAAAAUCAGAGAAGAGAUUUUGGAAAAGGCCCAGGGGUCUCUGAGGCCCUAGUUGCGGAUGGCGGUAAUGGGCCGGCCCGACCUGGGAGGGGGGGGUGGGAGGAACUCUGAACUGGGGGUCAGGAGGUCUGGAAUCUGCCUGUGUGACCUUUCUAAGACCCUUCCUUCCCCUCUCUCGGUCUCACUGUCCCCAUCUGUGGUGGGAAAUUCGAGUACAUCUGUGUGUUCCCAAAGCAUGCUACAAACCCCUGCCGAUGAUACUCACCAAGCACUUUAAAGUGUAAUAACUGUGCGCUCAAAUAUUUUUGUGUAAUGGAGAAAAACAGCAUAACAAACUCAUGAAUCCGUGGGUGCUGUCACAUGGCACGGUUCUGACUUUGAAGCAUCUCGAUGUAAUUGGUACAGAGGAAAAUACCGAGCCUGAGCAGAAUGUGGACACGGCACGGUCAGGAAGAGAAGUUGUUCAUUGACUAGGGUUUGGGAACAGGGAACGGGGCAAGGAUCUCUUUCGGAUCAGCCCAGGUUGUCCUCCAUGGCUACUGGGCCUUGUCUCUAUGACACACCGCGCUCACGUGCGUGGCCUCUUGGUGUGAGUCUAUGGUCCAGAAUGCUCCCCCCCCGGGGUACUGCCAUCCUCCUAGUGGGAAAACAUCCCACUUUACUAGGAUGUGCUGCACAACCCGGUUUCUCUGGGCGCGUUAUGUUAGAGACAGGUCUGUCUGUAUAGGGAACGCUGCUGUGAAGGAUUGAGCAUCAAUCACGUUUAUGUUGCUGUAAAACCUACGCUGUCUUCAUUUCCCUUUAAAAAAAGAAAAGA